CCAACGAUAAAUCCGUUGAAAACCUGCAAGGAUGUGGUUCGGUGCGCUCGCGUUGUUUCUGGCGCUGCAUUCAGUGGCAGCAGGCCCGUGGUGGGCCAACGUGGUGUAUUACAGGGUCCUGGUGGACUCCUUCAAGGAUGGGGACGGAGAUGGAUUGGGGGACUUGAGUGGAGCAACGAAACAAAUAAGCUAUGUGCGUGCGUUAGGAGCUGACGCUAUGAUUCUAUCACCUCUGUCGGCAAAGAACACGGACUGCUCUAAGCCAGGAGUCCUGGACUUUGCUGAACUAGACCCGCGGUAUGGAAACAUGGGGGCCUUGACCAGCUUUUUGGAGAAAGCUGCUAAAGUUGAUCUAAAGAUUGUGAUCUCGCUCUACAUCUCAACAAUCAGCACCGCGUCGGAAUGGUUCAACUCAAGCGCAAGUAAAGUCACGGGAUUCGACGACAGACUGGUAUGGCAGGCGGGGAGCGCUGAUCAAACACCGCCAGUUACAAAUGGCGUGGAAUCGUGGAUAUGGAAUGAAGACCGAUCAGCGUACUUUGCUGCUAAAGACAACGAGGCAGUGGUGAACUUUUGUUCCGAGGCAGUGGCGGCGGGUUUGUCAGCCGCCCAGUGUGCCUGGCUAAGAAGAGGCUUCUCGGGGGUUCUGCUGAACCCCGACUUUCCCUUCAACCAGAAAUGCGGCGAGAAGUUGCUGAGAAAAAUGACUGCUGAGGCCAUGACGUGUGCAAGAUCAUCCGCUUUGGAGACCCCGGUUAUCCUAGUGGAGUCAUCGCUAGAUUCCCACGCCGCAUCUGGCUACUACGCGGACGGAGGCGUGGGCGCCAACAGUGUGCUCAGCGCGGCGCUGGCGCAGCCCGAUGGACUGACGGCCCCGGACGCCGCCCUGGCCUUCUACGGCGCACUGCUACACGCCCCCCAGGAUACCACCCCUACUUGGAUUACGAGCGCGCCCAGUCAAAGCCGUAUAGCGACCCGCUACGGCAGCGAGAUGGUGGACGCCGUGAACCUCUUGGCCUUAAUUCUCCCUGGGGCCGUGGUUAUACAGCAGGGAGACGAGCUGGGGGUGGCCGACACCAUCUUGGAAUGGGCGGCGUCUACCAACACCUGUUACCCUGGCCCGGCCGUCCCUGCCGCCGCGCCUUUCCCCUGGAGCGACGCGGCCAAUGGUGGCUUCACAACAGGGGAGCCGUGGAUGCCUCUUGCGCCGAACUAUAGAUAUGCCAACGCUAAGACCGAGUUCGCUAACAACAACAGCCAUGUGGGGGUGAUGAGAACUGCAGCUGCCAUGAGAACGUCUCCGGCUAUAGGACCGCAUGUAGACAUAAAACGACUGGGGAACGCUUUAGCGGUACUCCGCUGGGGAGGGCCCGGCUCUUUGCUGGUCGUGGUCAAUUUAGGCCGAGACCACACCGAAGUCAAGCUCUCGGCCAUCUUCGGGUUGCCUACCCAGAUGACGGUGGCGGCCAGCUCCGCGGGCUCGAGUCUGUCCGUCGGGUCUCAUCUACCUGUUGAUAAAACGCUCAAAUUGGCCCCCGGGGAGACCCUCCUCUUAGCCGGGGGCCCGCGCCACUGCGGGGGCCCGGGGCCCGUCGAUAAAAUCACAAGCAAACUGGCCGAAGGCUGGCAGAAGUUGAACCAAUACUUCAAUAACUAAAAGCUUAAAAGUUCCGAUACGUUAUCGGCGCGUACUACGCUACGAGUACAAAUAAAGUUUUACGAAACUAA